AUCACAUCGUCUCAAUCCAGAGAAAUUGAGCAUAAAUCCAUCAUCACCAACCCAACUCUGAAGGGCUUCAGAAAUGAGUCAGAAGGGUUUGAUAUACAGCUUCGUUGCGAAAGGAACGGUUGUUUUAGCGGAGCAUACUCCUUAUUCAGGAAACUUUAGCACUCUCGCUGUUCAAUGUCUCCAGAAGCUUCCCACUAAUAGCAGCAAGUAUACUUACUCUUGUGAUGGUCACACUUUCAAUUUCCUCGUCGACAGUGGUUUUGUGUUUCUUGUGGUUGCUGAUGAGUCCACUGGAAGAAGUGUUCCUUUUGUGUUCCUUGAACGGGUCAAAGAAGACUUCAAGAAACGGUAUGAAGCGAGUAUAAAGAACGAUGAGCCACAUCCUCUUGCUGAUGAUGAUGAAGACGAGGAUUUGUUUGGGGAUCGGUUUAGUAUUGCGUAUAACCUUGACAGGGAGUUCGGGCCUAUACUUAAGGAGCAUAUGCAGUAUUGUAUGAGCCAUCCAGAAGAGAUGAGUAAACUAUCAAAGUUGAAGGCACAAAUAAGUGAUGUUAAGGGGAUCAUGAUGGACAACAUUGAGAAGGUUCUGGACAGAGGAGAGAGGAUCGAACUUCUGGUCGACAAAACGGAGAACCUUCAAUUCCAAGCGGAUAGUUUCCAGAGACAAGGGAGGCAGCUAAGAAGGAAAAUGUGGAUACAGAGCCUGCAGAUGAAGCUGAUGGUGGGAGGUGCUGUUAUGUCCUUUAUUCUCAUCGUUUGGGUUGUUGCUUGUGGAGGUUUUAAAUGCCCGUCAUGAUGUUUGGUUUCUUUUGUAUCUGUCUUUGAUCAUCAUCAUCACCUUGUUUACACACGUAAGACACAUGCUCAUGUUUGUACAUGUUUGAACUUAUAAUAACAUAUCAGCAUCAUCAUCAUUCCCACAAGCUAUCUACAAUGAUAUGUAUUUUAAGAAAAGGUUUUUUGUGAUUUUAAGUUUUGGCGUGAGACGUGAGUUGUUUGUAUAGGAAAGUGUAGCUUAGGA